ACUCUUUUAACAUAAUUUUUUUAGAAUUUUUAAAACUUUCAAACGUGGUUUCCACAAAGUUCUCACUGAAACUUGGUUUUCACAAGAUAUUCUCUCAUAAACAAAGCACAAGACAUCACAAUUCAGCAACUCAGUCUAAAUAGCACAGAAGAUAACAUUGACAAUUUAUUGAUAAAUGCCCGUGUGAAUUAAACUAUGAAUUGAAGUUUGGAUAUAGCAUGACAAAAUACAUAAGGAGUGCACAUGCCCCUCUUGAAUACGAUGUUGAAAUUCCUAGUAUCAAUAUGAAUACUAAAGAUGCAAUAUGAAAAUUCUUCAACACAAGGAAAACCUUAGCGGAAGAACUCAAUAUCUAGAAUUUGAGGCUUGUAUACAUCACUAAACGUGUGAACUAAAUAGUGGCAUCGCUUACAGGAAAGGGAAUAACCGCACUAGGGGCAGUAUCCAUCCAACAACCAGAAGGAGAAAACUUAGCUAGCCUAGCCAAUUCGUGAGCUAUUUGAUUGCUCUCUCUAUUACGAUCUUAUCCUAAUCUGAGGAUAUUGCUUUUUUCUUUCCCAAUCUCAGUCAACGUUCUUUUCACCUAUAUCUUACACUGGACAAAUGAAAGUUUAGUGUCGUAUAUACGCAACUUUCGUAUUAGUGUUUUCCAUUAGGGUAAAUAUAACAAAACUAUGAGUUUCCAUUGUGUUAAUCAAGUUUGAGUUGCCUACCAUUGGAUGAAAAUCUAAAGGCUUGCAAAAAAUGACUUGAGACUUACCAAGAGGUCCAAAUUUGGAACUAGAUGCAUGAGCUGAUCAGUGGGAUGCCUGUCCAGCGUGCAGGUGGUGGGCACGCCGUACGCGCACAACCAGAAGUGCAUCCUCGUCGACACGCCGGCGUCCGAGGCCACCCGCCGGAUCACGGCCUUCCUGGGCGGCCUUGACCUUGCUGCCGGACGCUACGACACGCCGGCCCACCGGCUCUUCGGAGACCUCGACACCGUCUUCCGGGCCGACAUCCACAACCCCACGCUCGGCCACGCCGCCGCGGAGAACGGGCCCCGUCUGCCGUGGCACGACAUGCACUGCCGCCUCGACGGCGCCGCCGCGUACGACGUCCUCAAGAACUUCGAGCAGCGGUGGCGGAGAGCGACGGCCAAGCACUUGAAGGCGUCCAAGCACGGGAAGGACGAUGCCCUGCUCAAGCUCCAGCGCAUCCCCUGGAUCCUCAGCCCGGUCGUCGCCGACGGCGGGGACGACGCCCUGCGCGUCCUGCCGGAGGAUGAUCCCCGGUGCUGGCACGCGCAGGUGUUCCGGUCGGUGGACGCCGGGUCGGUGAAGGGGUUCCCGCGCUCCUGGGAGACGGAGGAGAUGGAGGCGCGGCACCUGCUCUGCGACAAGAGCCUGGCGGUGGAGCAGAGCAUCCACGCGGCGUACGUGGCGGCGAUCCGCGCCGCCGACCGGUUCGUGUACCUCGAGACCGAGCGCUUCCUGGGGUCAUCGUACGCGUGGCCGACGCCGUUCCGGCACCCGGGCGCCGGCAACCUGGUGCCGAUGGAGAUUGCGCUGAAGGCGGCGAGCAAGAUCAGGGCCGGCGAGGACUUCGCGGCGUACGUGGUGCUGCCGAUGUGGCCGGCGGCGGAGGGGCCGCCUGGGUCGGCGCCGGCGCAGGAGGCCCUCUUCUGGCAGGGGAAGACGAUGCAGGCGAUGUACGAGGUCGUCGCGUCGGCGAUCGUGGAGGCCGGGGACGGCGGCAGAGCGCACCCGCAGGACUAUCUCAACUUCUACUGCCUCGGCAACCGCGAACAGGCACCGGCGGAUCUGUACGGACGGGCGGCGGAGACAGGGGCGAGCCCGGCGGCGCUGGCGCGGAGGCACGGGCGGUUCAUGGUGUACGUGCACUCCAAGGGGAUGGUCGUGGACGACGAGUACGUGCUCCUCGGCUCCGCGAACGUCAACCAGCGCUCCCUCUCUGGCUCCCGCGACACCGAGAUUGCCGUCGGCGCGCACCAGCCGCACCACACCGGCCGGCGGCCGCGCGGGCAGGUGCACCGGUACAGGAUGUCGCUGUGGGAGGAACACCUGGGCGGGCUGGCUGAGGUGCUGAAGGCGCCGGAGUCGCCAGAGUGCGUGAGGCUGGUGAACCAGGUGGCCCGGGAGAACUGGGAGAGGUACGCGGACGAGGGGGAGGUGGUAGAGAAGAUGCAGGGGCACCUGAUGAGGUAUCCGGUGGAGGUGGACGACGACGGCAGCGUGUGGCCGCUGACGGGGCACGAGUUCUUCCCCGACGUCGGCGCCAGGGUCCUCGGCUCCACCAACAAGUUCCCCGAUCAUCUCACUAUGUAGCCUUCCUACUGACCAUUUGAGCUCUAACAUUAUGUGUACACAAAUUAAGGGAAAAAAAGGGAUUUGUAGCAAUUUAUUGUGGGGAUAAAUGAGGUGUAAAAAAAGAAAAGCAAAUCAGCAUUGAAUAGUGCUGGACAAGAAACCCGCUAUUCGUUGCUGAAUUUGUUUUUAUCAUAGCUCGUAAUAUAACAUCACUCUCUUAACAUAAUGUAUAUAUUUUUAGAAUUCUUAAAA